AUGCAAGAAAUCUCACUACCCAGUCCAACCUGGACAUGGUACARRYCCAAUGGURACCGUAUUACCAAUGUMCGUARWAYUACUAAUGGUAGUGAGGUGACAGUGCUGACAGAAGAGAGUGRUGAUUAUGGGAUGUACACUUGUAGAGCAGMAAACAUUGCUGGUACCGACUUAAGCAAUAUCAACGUGGUACAACUUUUUUCACCAGGACCUCCAAGCUUUAAUGUUACAGACAUCGAAGCAUCUUCUGCUGUUGUACGGUGGGCAGAACCAGUUGACAAUGGUGGUAGUAAAGUGACUGAAUACAAAGUGGAAAUUAACUCAAAGACCUAUAUCAUCGCUUCCUGGAAACAUAAGCAUUUCACUAUUCCUGGUCUCUCCAAAAACAAAAUUUAUGUUGUAAAAUUGUACGCAAAAAAUGUUGCAGGUUAUGGGAAUGCCUCGAGUAAGACUUUUACCACUAAAAAGGAAGGACCACCAGGUUCACCUGUUUUGAAAAUAAUUGGAGUAAGUCCUACAACAGUGACAUUAAGUUGGUCAAAACCAGAAGAGAAUGGAGGUGAAAUACAAUACUACACAAUCUACAAGAAACUUGCUGGUGCUGACAAAUGGUCACAGGUUGGCACACUUUCAGGUGAACCGCUCACAUACACGGUAAAAGACCUUCUUCCAGGCAAGACGUACAGCUUUCAUGUCACUGCGAAAAAUAAAGAUGGAAGCAGUUUGUUGGGUGUUAAUGUGAUAACCGUGACAUUACCUGUUGAAACCACUACUCCUCACCCCUCAACAAGUGCUAUUG